CUUUAAAGUGAAGAAAUAUCAUGGCAACAGCACCGACACGAUCAGUAAGGCCACCAACAACGCGGCCACCUACACCGAGACCCACUCCCAUCACGCCUCCACGUCCUCCUGCAACACCCUCAAGGACAAAUCCCCCAGUUACCCCUCCCGUAUCGCGUCCUAGCACCGCAGUUCCUCCUGUACGUACUACGCCUUCUGCGCGUCCUGGAACAUCGGUCACCUCACCCCCUAAAUCAAGUUCUUUGCCCUUGAGUCCUAGCAGCAACGUUGGCCGUGGAGGCAGUAAUAAUGGGGGAGAUGAUGGCGGCAUCAAUGGCGCUGCAGUGGCGGGGAUUGUCGUCGGCCUUAUAGCCGUCCUAGUAGGGUCGGUCAUCGGCGGGUUUUUGUUAUUGAAGCAGCGUCGAAAGAGGUUGAUGCUUGUUGGAAGAGGUAACCAUGCUGGUAGUAGUCGGAAAUACGGUGGUUACCCUGGGCCGGAUCUCAACCAUCAACCUCCCAAGCCCUCUUACAGGCGAGGAUCAAAUCACCAACGUGCCGCUAGCGGCAGUUAUGGUCAUUAUGGCAAUAACGAUGACUAUGAGGGCUUUUCAUAUGCAAAUAACAGGACAAACGUAGAGAACAGAGGCACCUAUGAUGUCUAUGACGAUAAGAGUUAUCAUGCUGCUGCUGCUGGACUUGGAGGUGCAAGAAGAAUGAUGGCAAAUAAUUAUACCAAUGAUGAAACUAGGCAGCAGCUAAAUCCCCGAUCCCGAGGUGAGAACGAAAGGAGUGCUCAAACUUAUGGUACAGGUAGAGAUGUAGAAAUAGAAAAGGAGCUUACUCCACAGGAGCAGGAGCGUGAGCGACAACUUGAUCUACAGAUGCAAGCGCGGCUACUGAGUCUGGCAGGAGAAGGGAAAGCUGCUCCUGGCGCUACUGCACCGCCACUUUCUUCUCCCAAAGCAUACUCUCCCUUAGCCAGAUCUCCUCGAGGCCCCUACCCGUUCCCACCACGCCCCAUAUCGAAUGUCCAUUACUUCCAGAACAGCGGUGGCGGUUACGGCUAUAACAGUAACAACAUAGAUGAUCGAAUGCCACCUCCACAACACAGUCCAGACCAUGCUGCGUAUUCUGCACAAUAUCAGAAGCAAGAGUACUAUGACCCUCAGGAGUACUAUUAUUCACAAGCCUAUCCCAGUGAUGAAUAUCCGCAGUACGGCGCAGAAAGCUAUGGUAAUGGUAAUGCUCAAGGUCAUACGAUGGUACACCAUUCUUAUCCAAAUCAACAGCAAAACGGUCCUUCACAACAACAACAACAACUACUACAGCAGCAGCAGCAGCAUUUAUCAUCCAACUCAUAUGGCCUUAUACCGCCGUCUGUUGUUGGAAGGUCCAGAGAACAACAACAGCAUAACCAAGGUGCAACUGCAAACGCAAGGGCCACCUCCACCAACAAUGUGUCAAAGAGUUCACACGUGUCAGCGCAGGGCUCUCCAGAUGUGAGUGAGAACGGUCCAAGUGCAGAAAAGGAAGAAUAUCGCGAGAGUGUGCAUGGUGACGUCUCAUCCUUUUUGGUUGUUGAGUCAACUCCCAAAAUCAACAAUUAAAUAUCUUAUUUUUUCCCCCUUGUAAUUAUUUUUCAUUUCUCUGCUCUUCAC